UGAAGUAGGGAGGAGGGAGGAGGAUGGAGGUCAGUCACUUGGUGGUGGCUGGGGAGACAAGCAGCUUCAUACAUCCUCCUACUGCCCGUCUGCCUUAGUUAAAACAUGGUGACUCUUCGCCUCUACCCUCUGCUGGCCCUGCUGGUGCUCCUGUGUGGAGCGUACGCGGACAGGGAGGGAGAAUGCAUCGAGGUGGGAUUCGCGCGGACGGCAGGCUCCAUGCUGCACCAGGGAUACGAGGCUGCCAAGGAGGUCAUGCUAGCACGCUGGGCAGAAGAGGACCUCAAAGGGAAGCCAGAGUACUCCAACUUCUCCCCACUCCUGAAGAAUGUGACGCGAACAGGGCAGCUCCUGGAGGCGGCGUCACAGGCCAUUAUAGGUCUAGUAAGGAAGACCCGUGUUGGCAAGAGAUGCGCUGAGGACUGGCUGCUCAAGGGCCUCGAGAAACACGUACUGCCUCUCAUCAACGUGGACAAGCAGCUAGCAGAGGAGAUGGGACUGGUCAUGUCGUUCCGCUGCAUGGUUGGCUCGCCCUACCCCAAUGUGGACGGUUCCUGCGUCAACCAGGAGUCCCCCGACCUGGGCUCUGUCGGGUCAAAGUUCCUCCGCCUUCAGACGUCCAUGAUGGGCUCAGACGGGUUCUCCUCGCGUGGCUCCGUGAAGGGCGGGAAGCUGCCUUCCGCUCGCCGCGUGGCCGAGGUGCUGCGGAAGCAUCUGAAGCGGCCGGCCGUCACGGGACUGUUCGGCGAGUGGGCGCACUUCAUGCAGCGGGACGUGUUCAGCAUCCCGGAGUCACCACUGGCGGAGGGUGUGGACUGCUGCGAGACCCCCGAAGCAGAGGACUGUGACCCCAUUCAGGUGGCAGAGGACGACCCUUUGCACGCCACCCUUCCCUGCAUCAACUAUCGCCGCUCCGCCAGAGCCCAGGCCAUCCUAGGCCACCGCGAGUCCCUGUCCCUCGUCUCCACCUACCUGGACGCCACACCUGUCUACGGCUCCACGGAUAAGGUCGCCUUCCAACGCAAGACUGGCUACUUCGGUUACCUUAAGGCACCCGGGGAUGAAGACGAUGACGAGGAGGGAGAGAAGAAAAAGAAGAAAGACACAAAGGUGGGAGACUGUGCUGCCCCGGAGAGCUUUAAAGGUUGCUUCCAGCUUGACGAGGAUGACGACUGGGUGGCUGGAAUUCGCCUUCUGCUGGUGCUGGAACAUAACCGCAUUGCCGAGGUCUUGUCAGAGAUAAACCCGCACUUCGAUGAUCCUCUGCUGUAUAACGAGGCCAGACGCAUCGUAGUGGCCUCGUAUGACCACGUGACCUACAAUGAGUACCUGCCCUUGCUGAUGGGACGUCCCGCCGUGGAGAAGCACACGCUGCAGCCUGGCGCCGAGGGGCCCGGCUCUGGCUACAUCGCAGAGGUCAACCCAGGAGUGCUCGCCUCCUUCGCUGUCUCCUCGUACAGGAACCCCGCCAUGACGACUGAGUGGAAGAAGGAACAGGGGAAGACCGAGCUGGUGGACUCCCUUCACUACGAGUCCAUCCGGAACGACCCCUACUACGACCUGCUGGCCAUGGACAUCCAGCGCGGCCGUGACCAGGGUGUGGCUGGCUACGUGGUGUGGCGGCGCUUCUGUGACGACAAGCACGCCUACAACACCUGGGAGGACCUGGAGCGUGGCCUGGACAAAGAGCUCGUGAAGGACCUCAAGGAACUCUACCAGGACGAGCUGGACGACGUGGACCUGCAGGUGGCGGUGCUGGAGAACGAUACUGACGAGGGUGUUGUGGGGAAGACCUACACGUGCCUCCUGGCUGACCAGUUCGCGCGACUCAAGACCGGCAAUCGUCUCUUCUGGGAGCACGAGUCCAGCCUGAUGACGGUGGAGCAGAAGACCUACAUCAAGGGCGUCACGCUGGCCCACCUCCUCUGUGCCAACCUGCCCGGACUCCGCGCCACGCCCAAGAACUCCUUCCUCCCGCCCUCCGACAGCAACCCGCUGGUGCCGUGCGAGGAGCUGCGCGGCGGGAACCUGACGGCGUGGAAGGACACUUCACUCAUAGAGAAGAUGAAGAAGGUGAAGACGGAAGGCAAGAAGCAGGCUGAGAUGGUGGAAGAAAAAGAAGAGGCAAAGGAGGAACCGAAGAAGGAAGAGGAAAGUGAAGAGGUGGAAGUCAAGGCUGAGGAGGAAGAGGAGGGGGAUCAAGUACAGCACACAGCCUCCGUCCUCCACAAAGACGAAACUCCGCACCUUGAACUCUGAGGAGGGGGACUUAAUGCCUCGUGCUGGAGAUUAGGGGGAAGUAAGGAUGAGGGGGAGUAUUAGUAAGUUAUAAUUAUGUCUGGGCAGGCGAGGAUGGAGAGAGGGAUUAUUAAUAGGUUCCUCUAAUUAUGUCCCGUUCCAAUUUUUUUUUUACUAUUAAUCCUUCUACUUUAUUUAUAUUCUCUUUUGUCUCCUUUCUUCCGUAAAUGGAUGGGUAAGGUGAAGGAUCAUAGAAAAGACGCAGUUUCUUUCGCUAUUGUUUGUCUUCGAUUCUCUUUUUCUUCCAUUCCUCUUUCAACUGCUUAUUAUGUUUUCUUCCCGCACAUUUCCUUAUUCUUUUCUUUCGUUCUCCUAUUCCUCUUUCAAUUGCUUAUUAGUUUCUUCUUUUUUCCGCACAUUUCUUACUCUCCUCCUUCGCCAUUUAUUAUUCCGUCUCGAAAGUCUCUCCCUCUUCUCGGAUUUCCUUCUCCCCUAUUUCUUCCUCUCCUCUUCUGUUCUGGUAUUCCCCCUUCGCACACGUUUCCCUCUCUCUCCUAUUCCUCUCCUUGUCUUUCUCUCCUUUCCUCGCAUGCACAUCCCUUGCUCUCAUAUCCAUUUCACCUUUGCAGUGUAUUCUCUUUUGCUGUUUCUCCCCUAUAUAAAUUUCCCUUCCCUUUCCCCCGCUGAUCACUUUCCUUUUGGCCUUUCGCAAUUUUUUUUUUUCCCGCCUAUUUUUUUUUCCCCAACCAAACAGUUGAACAUUCAUGAAGUGACGUUUUCCCAGGUAUACUCCCUUGCACCUUUCACAGAAGUUUUCAUCUUCUCUUGAUGUAAAGUUGUCCCUCUCCUUCCUUCUUUUCCUUCCCAUUUUAUCCAUCUCGUUCUUCCUCUCCUUCCUUCUUUUCCUUCCCAUUUUAUCCAUCUCGUUCUUCCUUUGGUCUCUUCUCUUCCACCUGGGAAUAUCAUCAUCUCUCCCUAGACUUUCUCAUCCUCAUCUCUCUUCUCUCCUCCAUUUCUUUCGUUUAAUUAUUCCUUUAUCUGCUUUUGUCAUAAUCUCUCUCUCUCUCUCUCUCUCUCUCUCUCUCUCUCUCUCUCUCUCUCUCUCUCUCUCUCUCUCUCUCUCUCUCUCUCUCUCUCUCUCUCUCUCCUGCGGCGUCUAGCUCCGUCCGUUUGUACUACAGCUCCCACUCCUCGUUACUCGCCGUGAGCUUGGAGGUGCAGUCCCUUCGUCCGUCCAUCUGAGUCUGUUUGGCGUUGCUGCUACAAGUCUGCGUGUGUCUGUCACUGUGUUUGUGUUUGAGGCUCACGGCGGGCUGGGGAUGCACCGUGAUCAAGGACAUCGGUCAACAAGGGAAGCUGUGUGGGGGCGCCGUGGCCUCUCCUUCCUCCGGCCUGCUGGGGAGGGAAUUAAAGAAAGUCUAGUAACCAAAUGUUAUUGUUUUUGAGGUAAUUCUGUCUGAGUGAAAUGUAGUAGAUAUAUUAGUUUUUGAUAGUGAUGGCAUUGAGUAACUUGUUUGUUCAGACACUGAUAAUUGCCUUCAGUUAUAAUACUGUUAGGGUUAUAAUAUUGUUAGGAUACUGUUACAACAUACGCUCUAUAUUCAGGUUUAGUGAUAAAUAUCUUGCAAGGUUCACACAGCAUUGUAUGGUGUGCAAAGGGAGGUGGUGACUGCGUGGAUAGACGGGUGGUGCUCAAGGGUAAGCUGUUUGUCCUCCCGUGAAUCUAAGGAGUGGUCGUUAAUGUUUGGAUGAAUUGUUAAUUUCUUUGUUGCAAGCUUCAAGAAUGUUAUCGUAAUGUUGACGUUUAUACUGUUAUCUACACACGUGCAUUAAGCUUAACACACGUGGAUGGAAAGCUAUAUAUUUUUCUAUGUCCCGCGGCCGUGUGUGGCAGGGAUCGUUUCUGUAUCGUGCAGCGAGGGGUCACUGGCCACACCCUUCAACAGGGCUCUCGUUGUCGCCUGACUGGCACCGCGUAAAGGGAGAGGGAGCUCUCUGUGGUGGUCAGAAUAAAGGUGUUUUGAAUA